GAUAGAAUUCAAGGAUUUGCUGGGAAUAUCCCUUGUCCUUUUUUUUUUUCUUUUCUGGAGAUGCACUGCUGAUGUGUGUGCAGUGAGUGAGCUGGGAACUGCAUCUUUACCAUCAGGACACACAGAAAGAGCUGUGAGUGUCAGUCUAACAGCUUCCCAUCAGCAUGAAAAGGCAAGGAGCGCACAGUGACUGAGGACUGCCUCAUUCACAAGGGAUCCUGGUUAUUUGUCUCUCUGUGAAGUAGAUCUUUUUAAUUCAUUCUAAGCUGAGGACUUGUGAUGAAGACGCUGGCUGAUCACUGGCAGAGAACCAUAAAUGAACACAACUCCAAAUGUAUCAUGCCCUUCAAAACUGAGAUAUUCCUGCUUAUGUUUAUUGAGCUAUAAACACGUGCAUCAGCUGCGAGUAUAUAUUCCUCACUGCAUUAUGAACUGGAUGACAACAUCCUGGAUGUAAGUUGAAUAAUUAUUUAAUGUUGUCUGGGUGCCCCGUAAGUUGUGUUACAAUGCCAGAAAGACUUGGGGAAAUGUUCAUAGAUGUUUGGACCCCAUUAAUCAUAUUAUGGAUUACUGUUCUUCCUCAUGCUUAUAUGGCUCCAAAGAAUGACUCUCACAUAUUCUCAAUUGACAACACAAUGGAACUUAAUGUACUCAAUGAUGGACAGAAAGUACUUAACCGAUCCAAAAGAGGCUGGGUAUGGAACCAAAUGUUUGUACUGGAGGAGUUUUCUGGACCUGAACCCAUACUCGUUGGAAGGCUUCACACUGACCUGGAUCCUGGGAUCAGUAAAAUCAAGUAUAUCCUUUCAGGAGAAGGAGCUGGAACAAUCUUUGUGAUCAAUGACAAAACUGGAGAUAUUCAUGCAAUGAAAAGACUUGAUCGUGAGGAAAAGGCUGAAUACACAUUAACAGCUCAAGCUGUCGAUAGUGAUACAAAUAAGCCUCUUGAACCGCCUUCAGAAUUCAUUAUCAAAGUUCAGGAUAUCAAUGACAAUGCACCAGAAUUUCUAAAUGGGCCCUAUCACGCUACCGUUCCAGAGAUGUCCAGUGUGGGUACCUUUGUCACUAAGGUAACAGCUACAGAUGCAGAUGACCCAGUUUACGGAAACAGCGCAAAGUUGGUUUACAGUAUUUUGGAAGGCCAACCUUAUUUCUCUAUUGAACCACACACAGCAAUUAUUAAGACGGCACUUUCUAAUAUGGACAGAGAAGCAAGAGAAGAAUAUAUUGUGGUCAUUCAAGCCAAGGACAUGGGUGGACAUAUGGGAGGACUUUCUGGAACUACAACAGUUACUGUGACUUUAACCGAUGUCAAUGACAAUCCGCCAAAAUUUGCAACGAGUCAGUAUCAGUUUAUAGUGCCUGAAGAUAUUGCUAUCGGAGAUGCAAUUGGUCGAGUAAAGGCGAAUGACAGGGAUAUUGGCGAAAAUGCGAAGUCAUCAUUUGAUAUUAUUGAUGGGGAUGGCAGAGACAUGUUUGAAGUUACUACUGAUUCUCCAACUCAGGAUGGACUAAUUCGCCUGCGUAAGCCUCUGGACUUUGAGAGCAAAAAAUCCUAUACACUGAAGGUGGAAGCAGUCAAUAUUCAUAUCGAUCCUCGUUUCAUGAGCGGGGUACCCUUCAAGGAUACAGCAACGGUAAAAAUUACAGUGGAAGAUGCGGAUGAACCACCUGUCUUUUCAUCGCCUACGUAUCUCUUGGAAGUGCACGAAAAUGCUGCCAUUAAUGGCGUGAUUGGUCAGGUGACUGCCCGUGAUCCAGAUGCAUCUGCUAGUCCUAUAAGAUUUUCCAUCGACCGGCAUACAGACCUUGAUCGCCAAUUCAACAUCAAUGCAGAUGAUGGAAAAAUAACGUUAGCAACUGCGCUUGAUAGAGAAACUAAUAAAUGGCAUAAUAUAACAAUUGUAGCUACAGAAUCUAGAAACAAUAGCCAAAUAUCAAAAGUGCCUGUUGUGAUAAAAGUCCUUGAUGUUAACGAUAAUGCACCAGAAUUUGCAACUGAUUAUGAGGCAUUCCUAUGUGAAAAUGGAAAACCCGGACAGGUCAUUCAAACAGUUAGUGCUAUUGACAAAGAUGAUCCAAGGAAUGGACACUUUUUCUUUUAUAGUCUUCUUCCUGAAAUGGCCAACAAUCCCAACUUCACAAUCAAAAACAAUGAAGAUAAUUCCCUUAGUAUUUUGGCCAGACAUAAUGGAUUUAAUCGCCUGAAACAAGAAGUAUACCUUUUACCAAUCAUCAUAAGUGACAGUGGUAAUCCCCCUCUGAGCAGUACCAGUACCCUGACAAUACGCGUCUGUGGUUGCAGCAGUGACGGAGUAGUCCAGUCAUGUAAUGCUGAAGCGUAUGUUCUUCCAAUUGGACUCAGUAUGGGAGCCUUAAUAGCUAUUUUAGCAUGCAUCAUACUGCUUCUAGUAAUCGUGGUUCUUUUUGUGACUCUAAGAAGACAUAAGAAUGAGCCUCUUAUAAUUAAGGAUGAUGAAGAUGUCCGUGAAAAUAUAAUUCGCUAUGAUGAUGAAGGUGGAGGCGAAGAGGAUACUGAGGCUUUUGAUAUUGCUACCCUACAGAAUCCAGAUGGAAUUAAUGGCUAUUUACCUCGUAAGGAUAUAAAACCAGAUUUUCAGUUUAUGCCAAGGCACGGUCACACAUCUACUCCAAAUGGAGUUGAUGUGGAUGAAUUUAUUAACGUAAGGCUUCAUGAGGCUGACAAUGAUCCCACUGCACCACCCUAUGACUCUAUACAGAUAUACGGGUAUGAAGGCAGAGGAUCAGUGGCCGGUUCUCUCAGCUCUUUGGAAUCUUCAACAUCAGACUCAGAUCAAAAUUUUGACUACCUCAGUGAUUGGGGUCCUCGUUUUAAAAGACUUGGGGAACUUUACUCAGUUGGAGAAAGUGACAGAGAAACUUGACAAUGAACCAACAUUUUUGCAUUCCAGACUCAAUAAUUCUGUAAUAUUUUAGGGUCAUUAUUAGUGAUGACUAAUGUGGCCACUUGUAUUAGAGACAAAUUAGCACCAGUCAUCUGAAAAAAAAAUCAACUACAUUGUAAUGUUGAACCAAAAAUGUGUACGUUAGGGGGUCAGUCUUGUGGAGUUUAAAGUCAAGUCUGUGACGUAUCUAGAAGUCAUUGGAUGUUCAAUAUUCACUUGGACCGACAUGGAGAUUAAGUUUGGCAUCUGGGAUGUCCUGAAAAAUAUGGGAAAAUAAGGUGACAUUUUUUUCCUGAACUAUGGAUCUGAUUGUUGCUCUGGCAUAAUGUCUUCUACUAAUAUAGUCUACUGCAACAUUUUGACAAAGGAAUCUACUAAAGCAAUAUCUGGUCAUCUAAUGAUUUUUUUAUAAUUUGUAUUGCCCUGUUGGCUUCUACUUGGUGGCCACAAAACCACUGACUGAAUAUCAUGCUUACAUGUGUUUUGAGCCUUAAAAUAUCCACGUUUUAUCGCUAGUAAUAAAACUGAUAGUCCUACAAAAGUCCAGACCAAGAGACAUUGCCCCCAACCCCAAGGAACCAUUAUUUCACAGAGUUUUAUCAAAAGAAAAUUAUAAACCUUAAA